CGCGUCAGUGCAGUGGCGUCCCGAGCGUGCGUCGGACUUUCAGAGAUACAGCUCCCGAAUUGGGUGAUAUUUACGGGUUUCGGCAGCAUGGGGGUCUCGAUUAUGUUGAUGGGGAUUUUUUAUUUUGUGGCGGUCUGCACGAUGGGCAGUGGCCAGCAUGUGGUGUUCUCGUUUAGAGGGAGUUCUGGCAAUUCCAGUGGGAGGAAAUUAAAUCUGACCGCAGGAAUUCCCAUCCGCAUCCCGGGUGAAUGCCCCCCUCACAUGGACCGCUACCCCGACCCCUCCAACAAGACCUCGUGGAUCUGCGACUGCGUACGAGGAUACCUCUACUUCCCCCUCAAGGAGUCCUGCUACCAGCCCUACAGGAGGGGCCCCUGCAAGCCCUCGGAGUACCUCACCCUCCCCAAGGGCCAAAUUCUGUCAAAGUGCGAGGGCAAUCCCUGCAAAGAAGACGGUCUCGUGCCAUUCAGAAAUGGCUGUCACCCCCUGCUUGUGAAAGAGGGUCCCUGCGAGGACGACGACAUUCUCGGGGUCAAUGAGACUACUUUUCACCUCGAGUGCAUGCCGGUGGAUCUCUCCCCCUUCCACGUCAUUGACCCUGGUGAGGGCGACGGCUGCCCUGCGGGGAGUCGAAGGACCGCUCAAGGAAUCUGCCGAGUUCCUCUCUAAAUCUCCUCUCCUAUUUCUGCAUUUAUCUCGUAAACCACUGAUUUUAGGAGGUAAUGUUCCAGGACCUUUUUUGUAGAGAAUUAAAUUUCCAGCAAAAAAUGUUCUAUGACAUUUUCUCCUAGGAUCAACCCCUUUCAAGAUAAUUCGAUAUGCACAAAGAUGGAAACAUCGCCUCGUUAUUCUCAACUUCAUAUUUAUUGUUAGAGAUAAGAAUGACUUAUUCAAGUACUGAGAGAGUAAUUAGUAUUAAAUUAUGUAAUAAUCCUGAAAGACCAACAAAGAAAUAAAAAUCAUUGCGUGAUAUUCGUAAA